AUGAGGUUGUGGAACUUUGAACCGGUGGAAGGACGGGCUGGACGAAGGAUCCUGGGUUGCGCACGACGACGGCGAGGCUAUGCGCGCUGGAGAAGGGCUGGAAUGGAAGCUGCAGACGAGGAUUGGAAGGACAGACAGAUCCUUGCCCCGGAGACGCUCCUCAAGAAGCGCCGCACCAACGAGGCCACUCGUGAGGCCAAGCUCCAGGCUGCCGCCGAGGCCCGCAAGUCGCAGAAGGCCAAGCGCAAGGUCAUCUUCAAGCGUGCCGACGAGUACGUCAAGGAGUACGCCGCCAAGGAGCGUGAGGAGAUCCGCCUGAAGCGCGAGGCCCGCAAGUCUGGCGACUUCUACGUUGCUGCCCAGCCCAAGGUCUACUUCGUCAUCCGUCUUAAGGGUAUCUCCAAGCUUGCCCCUAAGCCCAAGAAGAUCCUCCAGCUUCUCCGCCUCCUCCAGAUCAACAACGGUGUCUUCAUCCGCGUCACCAAGGCUACCGAGCAGAUGCUCCGCCUCGUUGAGCCCUACAUCGCCUACGGUGAGCCCAACCUCAAGGCCAUCCGCGAGCUCGUCUACAAGCGCGGUUACGCCAAGGUCAACGGCCAGCGCAUCCCCAUCACCGACAACGCCAUCAUCGAGGCCAACCUCGGCAAGUUCGGCAUUGUCUGCAUGGAGGACCUCGUCCACGAGAUCGCCACCUGCGGCCCCAACUUCAAGCAGGCCACCACCUUCCUCUGGCCCUUCAAGCUCUCCAACCCCAACGGAGGCUGGCGCCCCAGGAAGUUCCUCAACUACAUUGAGGGCGGUGACACCGGAAACCGUGAGCAGCACAUCUCCAAGCUCAUCCACCAGAUGGCUUAA